GCGCCUGCAGCCGGCCCCGGCGUGGGCGGAUAGCCCGGCAUCCGUGGCCUUGUCAUCCCCGGGGCUUCGCUCGCAUCGUGUCCCGAUCGGCUCGGCCGGAGCGCCAGGCCGGGCGGUGCAGGGAGGGCAGCUCYAAGCAAACACGUUCAGCUCAGGGGGAUGCCCGGCUGUGAGGGUUCAUCCCGAGAGCUGCGGUGGAGGAGGAGGAGGGGGUCAGUUCGCAAUGAACGAGCCCCGGGAUUCCUCAGCCCCCCCCGGGUAAGCGAAUGUGCCCUCUGCAGCAUCACCCGUGAUGCUGUGGGGAUGGGACAUGCCAUGUCUGGCCUUCCCUGCAGCUCCCGCCGUGUCACAGCUGUAUCUGGGAUGUCAGUGUGUCAAAGAGAGGGCGAUGGGAACAUCCACAGUCACUGGUGUCACAUUUUUAUUAUAGGCACAAGAUUUUAGGGAGGUUUGGUUGGGUCAGCCGGACCCUGUGGUUUGGCUUGCCACAAGAGCUCUGUCGCUUGAAGGAUCAAAUCCCAAACAACUGCUGUUUAAACUGGAUUUCAGUUCAGCUCUUUGUGCUUGUACACAGUAAUUAAUAUAUAUAAUGUUGCAGUGUCCUGCUGUUCAUCAUGCAAUGUUGCAGGUGCUGUAGGUGUGAGGUGGUGCUGAAACCAAACCCAAGGAYUGCUCCGUGCCCCCUGUGCUCCUCACGAUGCGCUGGAGUGGCAUUUAGGCAGCAGUGAUCUAAUACAGAAAGACAGGAGUGAGUCUGGCCUUGCAGCUCUGUUCUCUUUUAUUUCCCUCCCUUGGAAUCUGUGUCAGGAAGAGUGGUAAGCCCUGAACCAGUAAUUUCAUGGAGCUCUUUUGGCCCUGUCAGCAUUGUUAUUCCAAAUAUCAGCGUAUCCCUCUGUGUGUGUGUGUGUGUGUGUGUGCACUGAAAUAUCAGUUAAUCACCAACAAAACACAGACUGCUGUUGAUUUUUUUCCCCUUGGUGAGGAAAUGAUGUCCUUGAUUGGUGAGUGUUUAAAUUUCCACUGAUUAAUUCAGUUUUCCAAAAUUUUAGGGAAUUUAGAAGUUGUCAGCCAAGAGUCUGUCCAGCUGGUCAGGCUGCUGAGCUCAAUGUCCCUUCCUUGGGAAGAAGACAUUCACAGCAGGUGUAUUGACUCUUACUACUGCUGUUUGAAAGAGUGCUGGAGUUCCUGGAGCAGAGCCCAGGAGAGACACAAACAGGUACCUGUGAGGCUGUCCUGGUCCUGGGUGCCAUCACUCAUGGACAGCUUUCACCUGCAGCAAGUCUGUCACUCCAACAGCCAUGGGAUGUAUCCCUGUUGUUUUGGAGAUGGAUUGGAUCAGCGUGCUGGGAGCCUGUGCCCAGUCUAAUAAUAGUCUCUGCCAUAUUCGUUUCAACCAAGUCAAAAAGGUGACUUCCAACACAGCAGCAAAACCAGCAGAUAAUCUCAUAAAAUUAUUUUUCCCYCUCUGGAGUUGUUGAAAGCAUUUUCUCUCAUUCCCAUUUGUUUUACCAGGAAGGUGACCAGAAGACAUCCUACAGCUGUCUGUGAUUCCAGCAAAGAGGUGAAGAUUAAAAAUGUCAAAAAUCACUACAGAACUUCUUUUGGAAAGAGCAGUUCCAAGAUCUACGAGGCUCCGAAAGAUCGAGACGCUGAACCUGUCCAAGCUGCAAUUGAAGACUGGAGACUUAGACCCGCGUUUGUUUUCCCGCCUGAGGCACCUGCAGAAACUUGAUCUCUCUGAUAAUUUACUGGACAAAUUUCCCAACAGUCUAACCCUGCCCGAUCUGCGUGUCCUGAACUGCAACAAUAACAAGCUGGAAGAUGUAACUGCUCUGAAACAGUUCCCUCUGCUCGAGGAGCUGACCUACGAGAACAACGUGUACUUGACACUCAAUGAUGACUAUAAAGUAAUGUUUCUUCUGCAAAACCUUCGGCUGCUCAAUGGCAAGGAYAUAACCAAACUGGCCAACCAUGUGAGGCGUGUCAACAGUCGUAAGCUCACCAGCAAGGUUACUGCUCAUUGGGAAAAAUUCUUCCGUGACCARCUCCCUGAGAAACACACAGCUGAGCAAGUGAAGUCCAUUAGAAAAAAGUUCCUGAAGUCAGUACAGACCAACGUGGUGUAUGGACCCAGCUCACUGAGCGAGUUCACCCGCUGGCGGGUGAAAAUGAUUGCAGAAGAGUUUCUGACAUACUCACUAGGUCUGGAGAUAAACUCUGAUACUGAGCCAGAGGAAAAGGCAGAUGAGAAAGAGGAAGAAAGCACAGAAAGCCCCAGGGAAGCUGCAGAGGAUGUGGCUCAGGUCACAGUAACACCCAGCAAGAGGAAAAGAAAUCAUUCAAAAUCAAGCCCUGGAAACAAGAGRUCCAAGUCGCAAGCAAACACCGAGGAGGAGGCUGUAGUGAAUCCCAGAAAAUCCAGUCAUGUGCAGGAUGACCCAGCUCCUGAUAAACCAAGAACAUCAAACCAGCCAGCCAAGGAGGAAACUCCUGAGCAGGAAGCUGAAGGGACACAGAAAAAUGGAGAACAGUUUCCCAAGGGGCAAAGCAACAGAAGAUCCAGCCAGAUGACAGGGGAACAGAAAAGCCAGGAGCAGGACAAUGGGGUGGUUACCUUGACCCCAGUGAAGAACUCCAAGAGUAAGGAGGAUGUCACUGCAGAGCCAUUGCAUUUYCUUCAGUGUCACAGUAAAGGCAACAGCCGCGAGGAUUUUAAAACGCAGCUCUGGUCCUGUGUCUUCGAGCCAGUGCUAGACUCUGGAACCAGGAAAGAUCCCAUUGUGAGCUCUUCCAGAACCGUGGCAACCUGUGGAGGGGAAUCUGUCUGUCUGAUUGAUUGUGAGACAGGGACAGUGCUGAAAAAGUAUAAGGUGGCUACAGAGGAGUUCUUCAGCGUUGCAUGGACAACUCUCACAAUGGUAAUCAGCGACAGUCGGAAGAAAGCUCACAACAUCUUGGCAGCUGCUGGGAGGAGAGGGAUUGUCAAACUGAUCCACGUGGCAGCCGACUUCUGCUACGGAGAGAUAAAGGCUCACAAAAAGCCCAUUGCUACUGUCUGCUUCAGCCCAACCCAAGAGACCCAUCUCUUCACUGCAUCCUAUGACAAGCGAAUUGCACUCUGGGAUAUUGGGAUUCCAGACUGUGACUACAAUUUCAAAGCAAGCCAGCUGCUGGUGCUGGAAGCGGCCUCCAUCCCCCUACGGAUUGCCCUGGUCCCCACCUGCCCGGAGCAGUACCUGCUGGCAGGCUGUGAAGAUGGCUGCUUUGCCUGGAACAUAAAACUGGAUAAGGGACAAAAAAGCAGGCCUUUUGAAGCCAUAUUCCAGUUUCCUGGUGAUGAAAGCAUGACAACAUCUCACAGGGUUGAUGGUUUGGCUUUUCUCAAUGAUGAUGUUGUUGUUUCCAAGAGCUCCAAGCCAGGAUGCAUAUACUUGUGGAGCUGGAGCAGGUCUUUCGAUGCCAAGGGAAAAGGAUGCCAACGGACAAUGUCUGCAGUUAUCCUGGCUGAGCUGGAGUGGUCCACAACAGACAUGUCCUACCUGACACUCAGCACCUGCCCAGCAAAAGACUACGUGUUCUGUGGGGAUGAGAAGGGCAGUGUGUGGAUGUACAACCUCUCCAACUACACCACRGCCUGGGGCUCUGCAAAGGGAAAGCGCUCGGAGCGGAGGAUCUCUCCCACACAGAUCCUCAAGUGGCCAGAGCUCCGGGUGAACGGGGAGCAGCCGCCCGAAAUCCUGGUGAACAAUGUGGUAGCAGACCCUGCCUUCACCUACCUUGUUGUCCUGACCAGUGUGAACAUAACAGCAAUUUGGAAGAAGUCAUAGUCCCCUGUGCCACAGUUUCACCCCCGUGCUUUGACCUAGUGCAGUAUUAGUGACUGUUACCCAUGUGCCCUUGAACGUUUUC